AUGGCCUCUACUCGUGGACCCUGGGGAGAGCAUCUCAAUCUUCCCUUUCCGGCUGCCACAAAACAGGUAGCUGGUCAUGUGGAGGGUGUGAAGACCGACGUCAUGGUCGUCAGUUUCAGCGACAAGAUCAUGCUCACUGUGUCUCAAGAAGGCCGGCUAUCUCAUUGGCCUGACGGCAACAUCAAUUCUGGGGGCUACGGUGCUGGACAAGACACGUUAGGCCAACUGCUUGCACGACAGAUCGCCACAGCUAUUGCGGUGAAGUCACCUUCUGAGAAGCGCCUUCUUGUUGUCGGGCUGGGGCUGAGGAACGCAAACUUAGAGCGCGAUUCCUUCUUCGCAAUUAUUGAUCUUGUUCUGCAAUGCAUCUAA